UCUCCACCACCGCACUGGAACUUCAGUGAAGCUCACCACGGUCUUUCCCUAGGGUUUGCUCCACCCUUCUCUCCACGCGCGCCGUCCGAUUCCACCUUCCCGGCUCCCGGGCCUCCUCCCCUCCCCUCCUGUCGCCAUGCACCUCGUCCGCGAGCGCCUCUUCUUCGGCGACAUGAACGACGCCAUCGCCGCGCUCACCACCACCGCCUCCGCGCAGGACACCGGCGGCUUCAGCUUCACCCAUGUCCUCUCCGUCGUCAGCUCCGCCUCCAUCUCCUUCAUCACCGACUGCCGCCCGGGCCUCUCCAUCCCCACCGAGGAGGUCCGCCGCGUGGUCGCCGGCGAGGAGGGCGCGCCGCCGGUCUCCGCCGUGCCGCCCGGCCGGCUGAUGCGGGUGGUGGAGUGCGCUGGGGUCGGGCUGCGGGUUACGCGGAUGGCUGUGCCACUGCGGGAUACCGAGGAGGAGAACCUGCUCGAUCACCUCGAGCCCUGUCUUGAUUUCAUCGAUGGCGGCAGGAAGGAGGGGAACGUCCUUGUCCAUUGCUUUGCUGGGGUCUCCAGAAGUGCUACUAUCAUCACUGCUUAUCUUAUGAGAACAGAAAGAAAAUAUCUGGAAGAAGCACUAGAAUCUCUAAAGGAAGUUAAUGAGUCUGUUUGCCCAAAUGAUGGUUUUCUUGAGCAGUUGAAACUUUUUGAAGAAAUGGGCUUCAAAGUUGAUACUUCAAGUCCUUUAUACAAGCGAUUCCGCUUAAAAUUGCUAGGACAAUCCUACAAAAUUGGAGAGAAAGUAGGAAACCAUGUAUUUGAAGAUGACCCGGGUGUUCCUAAACAGCAUAAUUCUUCUGCUCAGAGUUUAUCAAACAAGGAGAACCAACAAACAGCAUACCGUUGCAAAAAGUGCAGGAGAAUUGUUGCUGUGCAGGAGAAUGUUGUCAGCCAUACGCCUGGUGAAGGUGAAUCUUGCUUUCAGUGGCACAACAAACGGAAAGGUGGCCAGUCACAUAACAAGGAACAAGAUUGCUCAUCAUUGUUUGUUGAGCCUCUGAAGUGGAUGACUCCAGUGGAAGAUGGUGCUUUGGAGGGGAAGCUAUCGUGCAUCCACUGUGGAGCACGGCUUGGAUACUUCAACUGGUCAGGAAUCCAGUGCAACUGCGGCAGCUGGAUUACACCAGCCUUUCAAAUUUCGAAGAGCAAAGUUGAUAUCAGCACGACAUAGAUAGUUUCCAGAUGCUAGCAGAUUAUUUCAGGACGCGUGAACUGGUGUAAAUACCAAUUUUCGUCAGAAAUAUUUAGUUAGGAACUUGAAUGUGGAAAUUUUCAGAUCCAUCGUGCACUAUAUAGAUACAACAUGAAGCAGUAGUAACAGAAACCGCCACUUGUAUUGCUGCUGUUAGUAACAGAAACCAUCAGUUGCAAGUGUUGGUUCUGAUGAUCUGAGAGCUGCCAGCAGCACGAAUUGGAGUUUUUGUGCGAAAUGCCUCGCAGUCUUUGAUGCUGUUUUGCACACGAGUACUUCUGUUGACAAACAUAGGAUUCCCUCUAUUUCGUAUUAUAAGACUCUAUAGUAUUCA